AAAGCACUGCCGCCUGCUUCGUUGGCCGCUAGUGAUCUGGCUCGAACACACCAGCAUCUCGUUCUCGUUCAGUACAAACCAAUACCAGCGCAUGCGCCCUAUCUGAUACCACUUGAUGGAAAGUGAUCAGCCGUCUUUGCUCUGUGCACGCCCCUGGACAGGCCAUCCUUCUGCCCCACAUGAGAUCCAACAGAACCAGAAUGGACCUUCUGACCACUUGCAGUAUGAUUCACGACCCUCGCUUCAUUUUGUACCACUGCCCUCUUAGCUCGACACUUCUCCCCAAACCGCAUAGCAUGCGCACUCAGUCUAGUCUUGCUCCAAAUGUUGGCUCUAUGCCAUGGCUCCGACGCAACAGUCGUACGUGUUCGACCCCUCGCAAAGUCCUUUUGCCCAUCGCUGCUCAUAUAGACUGCAGUUGGUCUUUUUCAUCCUUCUUCCAUUCCGUCUCACGUCCUCCUCCUCCCAGCACCAUUCCACAUGGUUCCUAACUGCCGACGUCAAAAGAUAGUGCGCAAAUGUACCGCCUUGUUUUGCCAUUAAACCCUCUGCUCUUCACUUGCACCACCUCUGCAAUCCUUUGCCGUCACCAGCUUUCGCGACGACCCGCUCUCACCGUCAGCCACCUUGUCACUCACGCUUUCUUCUGCACACGCGUUUUUGCUCGCUGUACAAAGCCAAAUUCAUGCCUCUUGACCUUUGGUCCACCAUCGACUCGCCCCGAGAUCUUGUUUUGCGAGCGGUGUAAUCAAGACGUUGGCGCGGCCCCUCGCACUUGUUGCGAGCUCGAGUGUGUUCAUCGAUGCGUUGCAGGCGAAUUUGAUGACAGAAGCGGGUUUGAAUAGUGUACAUUGCAUGAUGUUCCGUC